AUGGCUUCAAAAAAGACAGAAGUGGAACGGCAAAUUUCCGAGAGGCCCCGUCGUAAUAAACCCUCUGAUGAUGUCUUCCCAGAAAGAUGGGAAGAAGCUGUUCUUGAUGUCGAGAAAUGCCUCCUGCGCGUAAAAUCUAAGCCUUCGAAAAAGAAGGGCGAAGAUAAAGACGGUGCGGAGACCAAGGCGAAUGAACAUGUUAAGGAAAGGAACCGUACUCCUGCGAAAGAAAUCAAGGAACAAGAAUGGAGAGACUGGCCGGUGGAUACGAUCCUGAGCCUCGACCUUUCCGAUAAAGUGAAAAGGCGUCUCAGGAGGUCCAUACACUCCAAGGACCUGUAUGUCGCUUUCAGAUCAGGGAAUUUAACCGUCGUCAAGCUCUUUGGCAUGGCCAACGCCAACCUGGACAUGGCUAAUAAGAAUGGGUGGACGCCGAUCAUCCAUCUUUCAGGCACUAAUAGUACUGAUAUUGUAGAAUACCUCCUGGAAAGGAGAGUAUCCGUCAACAAGCCCAGCCAUGCAGGUGUCACGGCCCUCAAUAAUGCAGCUGACACCGGUCAGCUUGCGAUGGUCAAGCUUCUUUGCAAAUGGGAGGCUUCGAUUGAAGCCGCAUACAAUGGGCAAACGCCUCUGUGGUCGGCUUCUGUGAGCGGACAUCUGGACGUUGUCAAGUUUUUGUCCGAUCAAGGGGCAUCUACGGGAGUCAUCGCCGAUGAUAAUGGAUGGACGCCACUCCACGCUGCCGCCAGGAAUGGCCACCUUGAAGUGGCAAAGUUUCUUCUUGGGAAGGGGGUCCCAAUCGAUGCCCCAUCUAUCGCUGGAGAUACGGCGCUCUGCCUAGCCGCAAACGAGGGCCAUACCAAUAUUGCGGCAUUUCUUAUUUCUGAAGGAGCCCAUAUGACUGCCGCUACUGAGGAUGGAUAG